CGAUUUCUCUUCUGCAGUCAGCUCAGUCAGUAUAGUGCUUGUGUUUGGUUUUGGAGCUGAAGUGGGCAGGUGAAGGUGUGCGAAUAAAUUGUAACCGUUUGGUGAAUGUAACCACGGCACGCGUGACAAGUGUGACGAUUCCGGGUCCGAUAAGGUAGAGGACGAAGAAGAAGAAAAAUUUCCCAGUCACAAGACUACGAAUGAUCCCCGGUAGAAGUGUUGUUAUAAUUUGGCAGAUUGGUUAUUCCCAAGGAUCACGACAUCGGUGAUAAGUGUCCACACGGUGAACGGCGAAUGUGAAUUGUUAUUGAACCAGCUUGAUAAGAGGAUGCGAAGAGGCUGCUAAUCAACAAAGUGAAAGCAGACCGACGAAAUCCCCAUACAUUGUUCAAAUUGAUAGUACCCAAAAUAUUCCCCACAGCGAAGAUGCUGAUAUACAAAUCAACCGUACUGACUGUGGUGACGCUGUGCGCUGGAAUUGCAUUCGCCAUCCAGGUACCGACUUACGAUCAAAUCAGUCUUGCCAGUAACGAUCGUCAAGAUGUCCUCCCCGGAUACGUGCAGUCGCCCGGAAGUCUAGGCGUGAGCGAUGAACCGCGGGCGUAUCGUCCGGACACGGCCUCGCUGGACUUUAUCUAUCACAAUCACGAUGACAUGACUCGAUACCUGAGGGCGACCACCGCUCGGUAUCCCAACCUGACGGCACUAUACUCGAUCGGUAAAUCCGUGCAGGGUCGGGACCUGUGGGUGAUGGUGGUUUCCGCGUCUCCGUACGAGCACAUGCUCGGCAAGCCGGACGUUAAGUACAUCGGAAACAUCCACGGCAACGAAGCCGUCGGUCGUGAGCUGCUACUUCACUUAAUCCAGUACCUGAUCACCAGCUACACCACUGAUCCCUACAUCAAGUGGCUGUUGGACAAUACGCGAAUUCACAUUCUACCUUCGUUGAACCCGGAUGGUUAUGCUGCCUCCAAGGAAGGUACCUGCGAUGGAGGCCAGGGACGCUACAACUCUCGGGGAUUCGAUCUGAACCGGAACUUCCCGGAUUACUUCAAGCAGAAUAACAAGCGAUCGCAGCCGGAAACGGAAGCCGUCAAGGAGUGGAUUAACAAGAUUCAAUUUGUGCUGAGCGGAUCGCUGCACGGAGGUGCCCUGGUUGCCAGUUACCCGUAUGAUAACACACCCAAUGCCAUGUUCAACAGCUACGUGCAACAACCUUCGGUGACACCGGACGAUGACGUGUUCAAGCAUCUGUCGUUGACCUACGCCAACAACCACGCCAAGAUGUCCCGUGGAGUGGCCUGCAAGUCCGCAUCGCCUUCGUUCGAGAACGGAAUCACCAACGGAGCGGCCUGGUAUCCGCUGACCGGAGGCAUGCAGGACUACAACUACAUCUGGCACGGUUGCAUGGAAAUCACGCUGGAGGUGUCCUGCUGCAAAUUUCCCCCGGCCUACGAACUGCGCAAGUACUGGGAUGAUAAUCAACUGUCGAUGAUCAAGUUCCUGGCCGAGGCCCAUCGAGGAGUUCAGGGAUUCGUCAUGGACCCGAACGGAGGCCCCAUUGAACGUGCACAGCUCAAGAUCAAGGGUAGAGACGUUGGCUUCAGCACUACCAAGUACGGUGAGUUCUGGAGGAUCCUGAUUCCCGGUGUCUACAAGCUGGAGGUGUUCGCCGAUGGGUUCGUCCCGAGGGAUGUCGACUUUAUGGUCGUCGAACAGCACCCUACGCUGUUGAACGUCACUAUGCAACCCUCAAAGCGCAACGAUGGCCCCUACUAUCGGCCAGUCCAACAACAAUCGGCCCAAUCGCAGUAUCGUCCGCAGGUAGCAGCUCCCGGAGGACCUCCCGGCAGUAGCGGUGGUUCCCCGUCCGACGAAGGCAUCCUGUCGACGCUGAGCAACGGAUUCAAUAGUUUGGUAAACAACAUCUUCGGUUAAACAACGGCACAAACGACGACGGACGGUGACAGAUACUGCUACAGUAUUAGAAUGGGAGGUUUUCGGUUUUAGUUUCGGUCGAAACAAAUGACGACAAUGUUGACGACACUGCAUUUAGACGUUGUUGAUGCACAUUCCUUUUUUCAAUUCUCAAAUUCAAGUCGAGCAGGACGGUAGGUGACAAAGCAUGUGUUCCCAGUGAUAUGACGAUAAUAAUCUAUGAAAUACAAACACGAGUUAGUUAAAA